GGCCUGCCGCCGCGCAGCGGCCCCAGCGAGGCCGCCCGACCCCACUCCCGGGGGUGGGCGUUCGGCCUUAACAAUUGACGAAGGUUCAACUGGUGGUUAUACAACAUUAUGUGCAUUAACAAUAUAUGAUUUUUGUUUUUUUCAGCUGAUGCAUCAUCACAUUAUGGUAUUAUUGAUCUUGAAUUACUUGCACAUGAUAUACAUAAAUUUGAAUCACUUUAUUUAGAUUGA